UCUCAAGCAAGCUCGCGCACAAGAUAACAGACGUUUCUCGGGAGGGAAUAACAGGUGCUCGACUCUUCGUUUCUGAUGUUUGAUGUGGAAGGCGGAGCUUGAGACUAUGAAACACAGAAGAACGACCUUCAAACCAAGCCUAUUCAUGUAAAAUCCUCUAAGAUGAGGUUCAUUCGAGAGCUGUUUUAGAUGUAUCUCUUUCUUUGUAGCCUUCUCAGUUUAUGUAGCCUUGCUGAUCGUGUAACCUUUCCAUUUUGGGUGUGAGAUCAGUUGAGCUAUUUACCACUGCUAGAGUAAAGGCCUAAUCCCAAAUCAUUCUGGAGUACGCUAAGACACUGCCUGACUCGGAUCUGACGGGAUUAACAUCAUAUUAGAUUUGUGAGACAAGAGAGGACGAACACCUGCUCGAUUUUGCACGCAAAUCCAGGCCACUCUGCUCUGGGGUUUGCUUUUUGGAUUUCGUGUGCGAGACUUUCCACUGUCGAAUUUGGCACAAUUUGUGCACUUCCCAGAAUUGCCUCUUGUUUAUAAACCAAACUCAUUUAGAAUCGAGAUUCGUUGUCCUUGAGUGCAAAAAGGGACAGUGCUCCUGUUUGGCCCCCAAAUAUUAACACUUAAGACUUCAUUUUUGAUGUUUGAUACAUUAUUACAUAAAAAGUAUAGUGGAGGAGCAAGUGAAAAAGCUAAUCUUUAUCGCCAGUGUCCAAGAGCUGGAUAAAAAAUAAAAACAUUUAAGAAAGAGGACACAUACUGUGCCAAGUUGUUUUUUCCCCCACUCUGGUUCUUUUUUUGCUCGGUGAAAACUGCGAUGGCUCCUUGGCUAACUCAGACUGGAGCAACCACUGCUGUGUGAAGGACUAUGCUCAACCCUCCUCCCUGCCCUCAACAUUAGCAUCUGUCAGAUAAGUACAGAAGGAUGAAACUGAAGAAGCAGGUGACCGUUUGCGGUGGGGCCAUCUUCUGUGUGGCCGUCUUCUCCCUGUACCUGAUGUUGGAUCGAGUCCAGCACGAUCCCGCCAGAAGACAGAGUGUUGGGAACUUUCCGAGGAGCCAGAUUUCGGUGUUGCAGAACCGCAUCGAACAGCUCGAGCAGCUCCUGGAGGAGAACCAUCAGAUCAUCAGUCACAUCAAAGACUCUGUGCUGGAGCUCACCGACACGGGGGCCAUCUCUCCCAGCGGACACCUCCCCUUCCGCAGCGCCAACGGCUCCUGGGUGCUGCCGUUUGAUGGUAGGCCCACCUUCCUUUCUGUCAAGCCACAAGACUGCCAGUUCGCACUGGGCCGCAGGAGCCAGACUGACCUGCAGAUGCUGGACGUAUACUCCCUGCUCAGCUUUGAUAAUGUGGACGGCGGUGUUUGGAAACAAGGCUUUGAGAUCACAUAUGACCUCAAUGAAUGGGAUGAAGAACCCCUGCAGGUGUUUGUGGUCCCUCAUUCACACAAUGAUCCAGGAUGGAUCAAGACAUUUGAGAAGUACUACAAUGACCAGACCCAGCAUAUCUUCAACAACAUGGUAGUGAAGUUGGCCGAAGACCCUCGCAGAAAGUUCAUCUGGUCUGAAAUAUCGUUUUUCGCCAGAUGGUGGGAAAGCGUCGAUAUCUAUAAACAAGAGACAAUGCGCAAACUUAUCCUGAGUGGACAGCUGGAGAUGGUGACGGGAGGCUGGGUCAUGACGGACGAAGCCAACGCUCACUAUUUCGCCAUGAUUGAUCAGCUCAUCGAAGGCCAUCAGUGGCUGGAGAGAAAUCUCGGUGUGACCCCUCGCUCGGGAUGGGCUGUGGACCCGUUCGGUCACAGCGCUACAAUGCCUUACCUGCUGAAACGGGCCAACAUGAGCAGCAUGCUGAUCCAGAGGGUCCAUUACUCCAUUAAGAAGCACUUUGCUGCCACACAGAGUCUUGAGUUCAUGUGGAGGCAGACCUGGGAUCCUGAAUCAGGCACAGACAUGUUCUGUCACAUGAUGCCAUUUUACAGCUAUGACGUGCCUCACACCUGCGGGCCUGACCCAAAAAUCUGCUGCCAGUUUGAUUUUAAGAGGCUUCCAGGAAGCAGAGUCAACUGCCCGUGGAAGGUGCCACCCCGAGCCAUCACUGAUGCCAAUGUGGCAGAGAGAGCUGGUGUUCUACUUGAUCAGUACCGCAAAAAGUCCAAGCUUUUCCGUAGCAAAGUGUUGCUGGUACCUCUGGGGGAUGACUUUCGCUAUGAUAAAGCACUGGAGUGGGACCAGCAGUACUUCAACUACCAGAAGCUAUUCAAUUACAUGAAUUCACACCCAGAAAUGCAUGUAAAGGCCCAGUUUGCAACGCUGACAGACUACUUUAACGCGGUGUACAAGGCUAAUGGGGUUGGCCAGGGGACGAGACCACCUGAUUAUCCCGUACUGAGCGGAGACUUCUUCGCCUACGCGGACCGAGAGGAUCAUUACUGGAGUGGAUACUACACCUCACGCCCCUUCUACAAAAACCUGGACCGUGUGUUAGAGUCUCACCUCCGUGGGGCAGAGGUUCUCUACAGCUUGGCGGUGGCUCACGCGCGGCAUGCUGGCAUGGAAGGGCGGUAUCCUACAUCAGACUACUCUCUCCUCACUGAUGCUAGGCGAAAUAUAGGGCUCUUCCAGCACCAUGAUGCCAUCACGGGCACUGCCAAGGAGGCUGUGGUCAUCGACUAUGGAAACAGGUUAUUGCGUUCCCUGGUCGGUCUGGAACGAGUGAUCAUUAACGCUGCACACUUCCUCGUAAUGAAGAACAAAGACAUUUAUCACUUCUACCAGACAGAGCCUUUCUUAGAGACGGACAACAGACGUACCACACAGGAUUCUCUCCCACAGCGCACACUGAUUGAGUUGGAAUCAUCUCCAAGGUAUCUGGUGCUGUUUAACCCACUUGAGCAGGAGCGUCUGUGUGUGGUGACCUUGCUGGUGAACUCAGCCAGAGUGAGGGUGCUCACAGAAGAUGGGCAGAUGUUACCAGUUCAGCUAAGUGCGCAGUGGGCAUCUGCCGUCGAAAUGAGUGGAGAGGUCUACCAGGCUUCCUUCAUGGCACGCCUCCCUGCUCUGGGAUUGGCCAUUUUCCAUCUGUACGAUUCAGCCGACUCCCCCAUGACUCUGCGCUCUGAUACGUUGCUGAGGAUUCCUGGGCGAGGUUCGAGCAUAAGGGGGUCGGACCCUCUUCCUGUGCGAUCGCAGACGGCAGAUGCUCAAUUGUUCUACAUCCAGAGCCAGUUUCUCAUGCUGGGCUUCUCUGGAACCACUGGCCUGCUGGAGAGUAUUCGACGUAAAGACGAUCCUCUAGAGGUCAGAGUACAGAUUCAGUUCCUCACUUAUGGAACUCGACCUUCCAAGGACAAGAGCGGGGCGUAUCUCUUCCUACCGGAUGGAAAUGCCAAGCCCUAUUCACAGCGAGAAGCUCCAGUAGUGCGUGUGGUGGAGGGUCCUAUAUUUGCUGAGGUGGUGACACAUUACCAGCACUUUCAGCAGACGGUCCGCAUUCAUAAUGUUCCAGGAGUAGAUGGUCUGUCUUUGGACAUCACCACCAUGGUGGACAUCAGAGACCAGAAUAACAAGGAGCUGGCCAUGCGACUGGUCACCGACAUCCAGAGUGAAGACACUUUUUACACAGAUCUCAAUGGCUUCCAGAUCCAGCCUCGACGGUUCUUCCAGAAGCUUCCAUUGCAGGCUAAUUUCUACCCCAUGCCCACAAUGGCCUACAUUCAGGACAGCCAGUACCGGCUCACACUCCAUACGGCCCAGGCAUUGGGAGUCAGCAGCCUGGCAAGUGGUCAGCUUGAGGUGAUUCUUGACCGUCGGUUGAUGCAGGAUGAUAACAGGGGUUUGGGGCAGGGCCUGAAAGACAACAAACGAACUGCGAACCGUUUCCGCCUUCUGCUAGAGAGGAGGAGCAAUGGUGGAAAGCCUGAUGGCUCCUAUGCCAAAGUCAGCCACAUGAUAAACAAAUUCAUUGCUGGUAUUUUAGGAGACCGCAAAGAAGAGCCGGUGGACAGCAGACCGGUAAGUUUCCCGUCGCUGCUCAGUCACAUGACCUCCGCCAUCCUAAACCAUGAGGUGCUGGCACUGCCCGUGUUGCCCAGGAAACAUGGUGUGCCCCCCCUGCGCACCUUCGCCCCAUUGGCUGGCACCCUGCCCUGUGACUUCCAUUUGCUCAACCUAAGGAGCAUCCAGAGUCCGCAGGAUGCUCACUCUCCAUCACCCUUUACGGCUCUGCUCCUUCAUCGACUGGGUCUGGAUUGUGGUCUGGAGGCCCAGAAUCCCGGUUUUAACUGCACCACCACACAGGGACAGCUCCCCAUUUCUGGUCUUUUUCGUGGGCUGGAUCUACAGCUGCUACAACCCAUGUCUUUAUCUCUGAUGCACUCUCAGCCUCCGCUCUCCAACGACUCCUCCAUAAGUCUGGAGCCAAUGGAGAUCUCUGCCUACAAGCUCAAGCUGUGCUAAGAUAGGAUCUCUCCAGAACCGGGCUCUCCAUGUGGACCCUUGGAGCCUAUGUCAGCUAAAGCAGAGAGCCACAGCUAGUUGAGCAGACAACUCUGUCGGAGAUUGUUUAUCCAGACCAAACCAGACUAAGGCGCUAAACACUCUCAAAAUUAGGAAAAGGAAACAAAGACUCGAGGAUGCGAGUGUUCCAUCCAAAGUCAGAGACUUGGUAGCCGCACUCUAUGCUAAGAGAUAUAAGAAUGUCUGUGUGUGUGUGUUUUUUUAUUUAUUUAGUGAGAUUUUAUAAAACAGAGCAUUAAUCGGUCAGCAUCAUUUUAUUUCAGCACUGCUGACCGUUGUUUUUAGCUCUGCCUUUCUGUUUUUCUUGUCUUUGGCUGGAACCACUGACCUCUAUGUUGCUCAUUGCAGCCUCCCCUCAAUUAACUAAUUCUUUGAACGUUCUGUCAACCUGGACGUCGUACUGUGUGUAAAUACGGCAAGACUAUACACCUGGAUCUAUACAAAGUUGUGGGACUUAGUGCAAUAUGUGAAGCUUCUCAUCUUAAGGUCUUGUAAGCAAUGCUUGAAUCGGUGUCAUUAGUUAGAGCACAUGCUUUUCUUUUUCUAUGUCUCUUCUACUGUGGACGGUUCUGCUUACAGCAGCCGCAGGUUUUCUAUGAAUGUCAGUCAACACAGUUGGCCUGUGAAUGCUGUAACAGACUCUACAUUUAAAGUUUUGUUUUCCUUCAGAAAGAAUGGCCCAUUGACAAUUCACUCACAGCAGAAGACUUGUGGUCAGGGCUAGUUUUAUUUCAUCAGUCGGUUCUUUCGUAGGUCACAAUGAGAUGAGCUAACAUUUACAGUCUUUUUCCCUCCCUCUCCAUUUUUCCAAAUGAACAGAGCUUCUUUUUAUUUUUUUAUAUUUUUUUUGGGAUUUUUCCCCUUUUUCACCCAAUUUGGAAUGCCCAAUUCCCAAUGCGCUUUUAAGUCCAUGUGGUCGCAUAGUGAUUUGCCUCAAUCCAGGUGGCGGAGGAUGAAUCCCCGCGUCCGAGACCGCCAACCCACGCAUCUUAUCACGUAGCUUGUUGAGCGCGUUGCCACGGAGACAUAGCGCGUGUGGAGGCUUCACGCCAUCCACUGCGGCAUCCACGCUCAACUAACCACGUGCCCCACCGAGAACGAACCACAUUAUAGCGACCAGGAGUUGGUUACCCCAUGUGACUCUACCCUCCCUAGCAACUGGGCCAAUUUGGUUGCUUAGGAGACCUGGCUGGAGUCACUCAGCAUGCCCUGGUAUUCAAACUAGCAAACUAGAGAACUCCAGGGGUGGUAGCCAGCAUCUUUACCACUGAGCUACCCAGGCCCCCAGAGCUGCUUCUUAAAAGAAAACUUCUUUGUUAUUAGGUUAUUUUUUGUUUCCUAUUUUCACAAUGUGUUGUGUGGUUGUAUUGGACAUACUAAGAAUUUACAAGUUGCAGAAUGUGUUUAUACUGUGUAUCAUUUUAUAUGCAGGUUUGAGCCGUAUAUAUAAACUCCAUAAGACCUUAUCUGUAUCAGACCGAAGUAUACUGUGGCCUUAAAAGAAUAUUCCAGGUUCAAUACAAGUUAAGCUCAUUCAACAGCAUUUGUGGCAUAAUGUUGAUUGCCACAAAGAUGUAUUUAAAUAAUAAUAAUAAUAAAAAGCAAAAAUCUGGGUUACAGUGAGGCACUUACAAUGGAAGUGAAUGUAGCCAAUCUGUUAACGUGAAAAUACUCACAGUUUCAAAAGUAUAGCCACAAGACAAAAAAAACAAUAUGCCUGUUAUCAUGAUUUUAGUGUGAUAAAAUCGCUUACUACCUUUUCUGUGAAAAGUUAUAUCAUAUUGUACAACUUUGUUGCGAUGAUGACGUAACGCUGUAAACGCUAAAACCUUUAAACAUCUUUACAGCUCAAAUAAUACACAAGUUUUAACAGAACAAUUAACGUAAGUGCUUUUAUAAAAUGAUAAGCUUCACAUUUCUGCCUUUUAAACCCUCUAAUAAUUGUCCACAUUCACUUCCAUUUUAAGUUCCUCACUUUUAACAAAGAUUAUUUUAUUUUUUAUUUUUUUUAAAGAAAAAAUUAGGGACAAAUGAUUUUUUGUGGUAAUCACCAAAAUGCUGUCGAUUGAGCUUAACUUGUAUUGAACCCGGAGUAUUCCUUUAAGAGCUUAUCGAGAUCACUACAUAUAAGAAGGCUUCUAUAUUUGCUUAUAUACUUUCUCGCAGUAUUUUCAGGUAAACUGAGCAUUAUUUGUGUCUAAUUGCAAAGGCACAGCCCAGGGCAGGCUAUUUUUCUCAAAGUGAUAGGUUUCUGCACUCCGGUUUAGUCAAUUUGUGCGCUAAAUUGGCUUUUCAGUUGUGGUUUACCAUCGCAAAUGCUUUGAAUUCAAGAGCGAGGCCUUAUCUGGGUAUAGGAAACCUGUCUGUAAUGUGUAGCAGACCCAUCUUGGUCCCUUCUAGUUUUUGUCUGUCACCUCAGUAGCUUGAAUCAGACAAUUCUGAACACGAAUGCUGUCUGUCUGUCAAACUGUCAUGUUGUUUGUGUCUUACCCUACCAGCCUGUCUGUCUCUCCCAGGAAACCUGUUUAAAAUACUAACUUUCCUCACUUACAACUCUACGUCUGAUUAUGUCUCUGUGGUGCAUUCAUUGCGCUGUACAUCAGUCAGAGUAUGAACUGACUUUCCCAGCUAAUCAAGCUUGAAUGUAGAAUCCUAUCAAUGAUGAUAAUUCCCCGCAGGUGGAAUGCUGCUCACUCGAUGAAUACGACUGCCGUUUAAGAGCCAAACGUCUGUCGAAAUGGGGUGGGGGGGGGGGGGGUCAUUCCUAUGUUCCCAGGGUGUUAUGUUCCUCAGAUUUAUAGGAUCCUAUGUUCCCCAGAUUUAUAUGGCACAUCAUGAACACAUGACAAAGGGUCCUAUGUUCCCAGGGUCCUAUGUUCCCCAGAUUUAUAGGGUCCUAUGUUCCCCAGAUUUAUAGGGUCCUAUGUUCCCCAGAUUUAUAGAGUUAGGGGUUAGGGUUAAUAUUUAUGAAAUAUAAAUUAUAUGGAUAAUAUUUAUGAAAUAUUUUAACUUGAAACGGGUCAAAUUUGACCCGAAGACAAUAGGAGGGUAAAUGUGUCUUAACAGAAUAUUGAAAUGGGGAACUUAGGACCCUGGGAACAGAUACGCUCCCAUUUGCGGUUUGGCUCCCGGCGCAGGCUUUGCUUGUUAUUCCAGAAUGUCCUCUCCGUUAAUUUUGCUUCUACUAAUUCAUAUUCUCUGUCUCAAUGCAUAUCUCUGCCAUGCUUGUUUUGUUGUUCAUACACUUUUCGUUCAGCUGUGCUGACAGAUUUCCUUGUAGAUGUUCUUAUUUAUGUAGUCUGUUCUGAGGUGAAAAUGACUUUUGGUUGUUUUUAGGUUUUGGUUUGAGGAAAUGCAAUGCCAGUGAAUUUGAGAGAUUAAUUUAUUAUUUUUUCCCAAUUAUUUUCAUGUUUGGGUUUCAUAAUGGGAUUGUUUUAAAAUGACUCGUAAAAGCAAAAUGCAAAGAAAUGAAGGUGGACGUUCAAUAAAUAUCAGAAAUGAAAAUC